CAAUGCCCGUCGCCUCUCCUAACGAGGAGAGGAUUGAACUUCCUAACUCUAUGGAUUCCGUCACUUCUCCUUCGGCUUUGAAACUGCGUUCGGAAUCCGGUUCCGAUGUCGGUGUUUCGGGAAAUGGUGAUCAACCUCAUUGUAACGAUCAAUCUGAUUCGUUCGUAAGCAACCGCAAAAACGUGGAUAAUCAGUAUGUUUCGAUGCAGUCAGCGGUAAGAAGUGAAGAGUAUCGGCAACUGUUUCAUCUUCCACCCGAAGAAGUCCUUGUUCAAGAUUUUAACUGUGCUCUCCAAGAGAAUUUCCUUCUUCAGGGUCAUAUGUACUUAUUUGUUCACCAUAUUUGCUUUUAUUCCAACAUAUUUGGAUUUGAGACAAAGAAAACCAUCUCUUUCAAUGAGGUCACUGGUUUACACAAAGCAAAGACUGCAGGAAUCUUCCCUAAUGCGAUAGAAAUUGUGGCUGGCGGGAAAAAGAACUUCUUUACAUCUUUUCUCUCUCGUGAUGAAGCUUAUCGGCUGAUUGUUGAUGGAUGGUCACAACAUAGAAAUGAUAGUAAAGUGGCCAUUGAACACCAGGAUUCAAAAUCUGAGUCCAGCAGUCAAGGCAAUAUGCUUGUUAUAGUUGAAAAGGGUUUCAAACAAACAUUUAAGGACCUCCAAUCUUUGCAAAGGAAUAAGGACGUUCGUAUUUCGGAAGAUUGUGUGCUUCUAUACAAUGAAGAAGUUGAUAUUAGUCCAUCAACAAGGUUUUCAGAAGCAGAGGAGAAUGGAGAAGAAGCAGAGCCAGUUAUAAAUGCCAAGUGUUUGUCUUCUGGAGAAAAAUUGAAGCUUGAGGAUUUUGAUGCGCCUAAGAUACCUGAAAAUUACACAAUGGUUGCUGAAUCAAAAUUUCCGGUUCAGUUAGAGGAGUUCUUCAAUCUUUUCUUCUCUGAUGCUGCUGAUGAGUUUAUUGAGUUGUUUCAUACAAAAUGUGGAGACAAAGCAUUUAGGUGCACUUCAUGGUUUGAACAUGAACAAUUUGGACAUGCUCGAAAUGUGUCAUUUCAACACCCAAUCAAAUUUUAUUUAGGGGCAAGAUAUGGUAACUGUCAGGAGCUCCAGAAAUUUCGUCUCUACAAAGACAGUCAUUUGGUUGUCGAGACUUCGCAGGAAAUCAAUGAUGCGCCUUAUGGGGAUUCUUUCCAUGUUGAGGGGCUUUGGGAUGUGGAGAGAGAUGGUGACAAAGGAACUAAUUCUUGCAAUUUGCGUGUAUAUAUUCGUGUAGUAUUUUCUAAGAAGACAAUAUGGAAAGGGAAAAUAGAGCAGUCAGCUAUUUCAGAGUGCAGAGGGGCUUAUUCACUUUGGAUAAAAAUUGCAAAAGAAAGGCUGAAGCAGAAAUACGUUGCAAAACUAGAAGGGUCAUGUUCUGAUGGUAACACAACUGAAAAUGAUGCCCAAUUGGAAAGGCAUGCAAAAACUGAAGCACCCUCAGAAGGAUUACAUAAUAUGAGAAAAAUUACCGAAGAAUCUGAUUCUCAAGAUUUUAGUACUCAGUUCCCAAGUCUGCUGCAAGAAGGCUCAAGUGGCACAACUUUAUUUAGAGAAUCAUUGGCAACAUUACGUUCAUAUUUGAAAAGUCAAAGCCACUUUCCUCUAAUCUUAGUCACCGCCUCAGUUUUGGUCCUCCUCCUGAUGCAGUUGAGCAUAAUUGUACUAUUUACUAGAUCCCCACAAGUCCAUCUAUUCUCUCAAUUAGACAACAUGAAUGAUUUCACUGGUGACAUAGGGAAUAAAGCGGCAGAUGUAGCCUGGUUGGAAAAACGGGUUCAACACCUAAAGGAUGAGAUGCUCAUGGUUGGGGCUCGUUUAGAGAGGAUGCACCAUGAAUAUCAACUAUUAAAAGCACAGCUACAGUCCUUGAACCUCAGAUAAGGCAAAGAUUGUCACCCACCCCACUCUUAUGUAUGGCUGGAUGUAUAUAUUUAACUCUUCUACUAACUAAUUCACGGUGAAUUUCUUAUUGUUCCUUUGCA